ACGGUCGCAGGCCAAUCGUUUAGAGCGGAGUGGUGUUUCCCCGAAGGAUUAGAGUGUUCAGGAAACCUAGUGUUGACCACCGCCAGCGGAGGGAGUAAACGUCAUGGUUGAUGCAUGAUGUGUGGAUAUUAACAGAUUAACUCAAUCGUCUUAACCUGUUGUCCAAUUACGAUGUGAACCACCUACCUUUCCAGAACUCAGACCAACGUAUGGCAGCGCCACGGAUAUACACAUUACUGACGUAUCUGAUACUGUCGAGUCAUGUGCGCUGUUGGCAUGACCUGACUAACACCGACUACCACUGCUGGCCAAUCGCAGCCAACUCUGACAACCCAACACCCUUCGCAUCAUGUCCAGGUGUAAACAUAAGGUGGAUUAUACCCCCGCCGGCCAACAUAAAAGCGCAGGAACCUUUCAAUGUUACUUACGAGCUACUGAUUGCUUCAGCAUUUUAUCCCUGGGCAGUCACAAACAACAUAUUUGACCAGGCUAACGGCACCGGAUUCAGCAAUGCGGGAGAUGCCGAGACGUGGUGUAGGACGGCUGUUUGUCCAGAUCCAUCCGCUGCCAAUACUGAAAACUGCUGCAUCCACCACGUCAAUGUCCACUCCUGCCCUCUUGACGAGAAAGACAUCGUCAACAACGGCCUCUGUGGCCCAUGGAUCCCCUCCUCAGGGGAUAUUUUCACACACAGUGUCGUCAUGGUUGGCCCCGUGGACGUAGGGAACUGGACGAGCACGAUUGAAGGCCUAUACUCCCAAGGAGACACAUCGGUCAUUGCGCAUUUUAAAGUGGCCAAAAUGCAUGUUGCGGUUGAAAAAACACUCAAAGUCCUACCAAGAACAGUUUGCGGCGACUUCCGGUGUGAGGGUCUGGAGGGGGAGGACUGUUCGUCAUGCCCGAAGGAUUGUGGCGUGUGUCCUCUGGAAGGCUGGCAGAUCGCCAUCAUUGGCGUGUUUGUCGUCAUAAUCGUUGCCGUAAUCCUGGGUAUCGUUGGGUAUUUCCAGUACAAACAGAGCAAACUACUGUGGGAUGAAAGUUGGAUUAUACCGUACGAGCAGAUUCUUGAAGAGAGUGGUCUACGGGGUGCAUUUGGCAGUAUGAUCAGUGUACAGACCGGAAGUUACACGGAAAGCUUACAAGGAAUGUCCCAGUCAGCCAAUCGGAGACAAGUAUUUGCAAACACGGCGCUCUACGAUGGACGAACGAUUGCCGUCAGGAAAAUACGGAAGAAUACUUUUGCUAUCACGAAAGCCAUACGAGUUGAAGUGAAAACAGUCAGAGAGCUGGAUCACCCUAAUCUGUGCAAGUUCGUGGGUGGAUGUGUUGAAGUGCCGGAUGUGUGUCUGCUCAGUGAGUACUGUCCUAAGGGAAGUCUCAACGAUGUUCUCGAGAAUGAAGAUGUGCCGCUCAACUGGGCAUUCAGGUUUUCAUUCGCUACUGAUAUUGCUCGAGGUAUGUGCUACCUUCACAGUCACCGGAUCCUGCAUGGGCGUCUGAAGGCCAGUAAUUGUGUGGUGGACGAUCGAUGGACAGUCAAAAUAACAGAUUACGGACUAGCUACCUACAGGAGGGAGGAUGUGGCAAAGGAAGACCAGGAGGAGAGGGAGUACCAAGAGAAGAGGAACGCAGUCUACAUCGCCCCCGAAAUAAAGCUGCGCACUGCUAAACCAUGCUACGCUUCGGAUGUCUACCCGUUCUCUAUCAUUCUUCUCGAGAUAGCUACAAGGAAUGAUCCUUAUCAGGACGCUGAUCCUUGCAAUCUACCAACUAACUGGAGACCCCUGCUUCCAGAUCUACGGGGGCAGAAGGACCCUGACAAUGCUUGUCCCUGCCCGGAGGAUUAUACAGAGUUAAUUGAAUGUUGCUGGCACCAAAAGCCCGACUUUCGACCAUCCUUUGAAUCUGCAAAGAAGACACUACAUCGAAUAAACCCCAACAAACUGAGCGCCGUCGACCUGAUGAUGAAUAUGAUGGAGAAAUAUUCCAAACAUUUGGAAGCCACGGUAGCAGAGAGGACGCAAGAUCUUUAUGCAGAAAAACAGAAAACAGACCGACUUUUAUACAGUAUGCUUCCAAUGGCAGUGGCGGAUGUACUGAGGCAGGGAAAACCAAUAUCAGCAGAAAGUUUUGAUGCCUGUACGAUAUUCUUCAGCGACAUUGUUGGAUUUACAACACUAUCGGGGAGCAGCACGCCCAUACAGGUGGUUGCCCUCCUCAAUAAGCUGUACACCACGUUCGACGGCAUAAUAGAUAUGCACGAUGUCUACAAGGUCGAAACCAUCGGCGAUGCAUAUAUGGUGGUGUCGGGGGUGCCGAAGAAGACAGACGAACAUGCAUGUGAAAUUGCCAACAUGGCUCUCGACCUUGUGGAGGCGAGUCGUAGCUUCAUCAUCCCACACAAGCCUGAUGAACUUCUCAGGAUCAGGGUGGGUCUGCAUUCAGGGUCCGUCUGCACCGGAGUGGUGGGCCUAAAGAUGCCACGUUACUGUCUGUUUGGGGACACGGUCAACACAGCCUCACGGAUGGAGUCGAACGGAGAAGCUUACAAGAUCCAUAUAAGUAGCUUCACACACGAUGAGUUGGACAGGUUUGGCGGGUACAUAUGCACCAAGAGAGGAACAAUACCAAUCAAGGGCAAAGGGGAGAUGACCACGUAUUGGUUGAUCGGUCGAGAUGAUAGCAUGAUGACCAACAAGGACAAGAUCGACAAUCUGUCAGCUAAGAAACACAUACACAUAUUGACCAAUGGUGACGCACAGAUUCGUAAUCUUGAAGUAACGUUACAGGAUGUGGAGGCGGGUACUGACGCCUAUACAUCAUUACCAGAUUUUAGCAAGGACAGCAUACGCACUCGGAAGACAAGCAUACACAGUUCAUCUAAUGACUCCGGCUAUCAGGAUAGACACGAUGAUGGCAUUAUUGAUUGCUGACGUCACAAUCACGUGACCAGCAGCUGCUAGCUCUUAAAGAGAAGCCAUGCCUCGUCAGACAUAACAGCGGUAACAACGUGGAGUCCUGCAAGGCGAACCUUUGUCCUCCGCCUUAUCACUGCGGGAGGAACAAUUUUUGACGUCAUCCAUCCGGCUAAACAGAGUUAUUUCUGUAUAAAAUAACCGAUUUAGUGUUUGAGUGUAAUAGGUUUCGAUGUGGACUUUGAUUCCUCACGUGAAGAAACAUGUUUUCGGCGUGCUAUUUUUCAAAUCGCAUCGUGUUAUUAUGUCUCAUAUGCCACGCAUCAUUAUAUGACUCAUGAUCGUGCAUGAAGAUAUUGCCUGAUCAUAGACAGAUCUUGAUCUGUAUCUACAUACUGUUGAUUUUUUUAGAGAAAAAGCUUGCUAUCUGAUUCAAAUGAUAACACAUGACUAUCGGCUUAAACAGUACCUUUAUGAAUGGCAAUCUCUUCAUGUUGCCAUAAAAGUUUCUCGCCAAUAGUGUUUCUCCCAAACUUCUAAAAUACCAGUUACACGGCAUUAAGAAAAGAACACAUAGCUUUAUUAAAAAUUGUAACAUAUCAUCUCAUGUGUGUAAGUUCAUAUCGUGUCAUUACCUGGCUAAGUAUUUGUUUAGAAAUGUAAAUAACUUUAGAUUUGUAUAUAUGCACAUAUAUUUGUUCAAUAUGUGUUAUUCUAGUCAGAUCACUGAUAGAGAAAUCAGCUAUGUAUGUCAUCGUCAUGGUGCUACGUCUUGUUUUAUAUUGUUUCAUCAUACCCCUUGUUUCAUAUUUUUUCAUCCUAUGUCUUGUUUCACAUUGCUUCAUUCCACGUUUUGCUUCAUAUUCCUUCAUCCUACGUCUAGCUCAUAUUGAUUCACUCGACGUCUGGUUUCAUAUUAUUUCAUCUCACGUCAUGCUUCGUAUUGUUUCAUCAUGCGUCUUGUUUCAAAUUGUUUCAUCCUACGUCUUGUUUCAUAUUAUUCAUCCUACGUCUUGUUUCAUAUUGUUUCAUCCUACGUCAUGCUUCAUAUUGUUUCAUCCUACGUCAUGCUUCAUAUUGUUUCAUCCUACGUCAUGCUUCAUAUCGUUUCAUCCUACGUCAUGCUUCAUAUUGUUUCAUCCUACGUCAUGCUUCGUAUUGUUUCAUCCUGCGUCUUGUUUCAUAUUGUUUCAUCCUACGUCAUGCUUCAUAUUGUUUCAUCCUACGUCAUGCUUCAUAUUGUAUCAUCCUACGUCAUGCUUCAUAUUGUUUCAUC